AUGUCCUCUGCAUUUUCUGGUUUGCCGUAUCAUUUGCCUUCAAAGGGCUUUCUCGAUGUGAAUAAAAGAAUUUGGGUCAUUUUCAAAAAUCUAGGCCCUCGUUUCACUGGGAGAAACCACAAUCUAUUUCAAGAACUACUAACGAGUAUAUUGACCAGAUCCAAAAGGGUCGUGAGUUGUGAGUCUUUUGACAGUGGAAUUCUCGAAGCCUGGUCGGCUUAUAUGAUUGCUUAUUGUACGAUGAACAAUUGCACAGGCGCACGGGAUACUAACAAGUACUUCAAAAACAACAAUGUGAAUGCGUUGGAUGAGAGUGAAGAUGAACUAGAGAUUCAACAUGCCCAUGUUAAUGAAGUAGACGAUAAGGAUGAAGCAGUAGAUGACAUAACGGGACUUGGAAUUGCAACUCAGCUUCAAAAGGCUUUGAUAAAACUUGAUCUCGAUAUUGAUGACAUUAGAGGGCAAGGGUAUGACAACGGAUCUAACAUGAGCGGGAAGCACAAAGAUAAUGUACAAGGGUUGACAGUGAAGCUAUUGUCACAAACACGCUGGGAAAGUCAUGUUGAGAGUGUGAAGCUUAUAAUGGAGCAAACUGCACAAAUAAGAGAUGCAUUACUUGAUUUGGCAGAAAGUAAUGAAAAUCCUAAAGUAAAGUGUGAAGUUGAGUCAUUAGCAGCACAUGAACUUCAAAAUUUUGAUUUUUUGCUUGGCAUGAUAAUCUGGUACAAGUUGUUGCAUGCUGUCAAUAUUGUGAGUAAAUUUCUUCAAACCGAAUCCAUGGAUAUUGAUCAUGCUAUCUACCUCUUGCAAGGACUUGUUUCAUUUCUUGAAGAAUAUAGAGAAAUUGGAUUUGCUAUUACCAAGGAUGAAGCUACAAAAAAGCAAUCAGCAGAAGAAUCAUUUAGAGUUGAGUGUUUUGUUUUUAUAAUUGAUCAAACUCUAUCUUCUCCGAUGACCCGAUUUGAAAAUUUUAAACAACAUGAUGACACAUUUGGAUUUUUGUUUACUUUGAAGAGGUUAAGGAUUGUAGCUUUUUCAAGUUUGUUGAACUCUUGUAUGAUUCUUGAGAAAUAUCUUCAACAUGAUGGGUGUUCGGACAUUAGUGGGGAUGAUUUAUGUUCGGAGUUACAAGUUUUGAGGUGUUAUAUACCAAGUGAAGCAACAAGUGCAAUUGAAGUGUUAUAA